AUGCCUGUGCCACGAUCGAAAAAACGUGAUACAAAAUUAUAUGAUUUACUUGAAGUUUCACCAGAUGCAACAAAUGCUCAAAUUGCUAAAGCAUAUAAAAUGGCUGCUAUGAAAUAUCAUCCUGAUCGAAAUCCUGAUGCACCACCAGAAAAAUUCAAAGAAAUUUCAGCUGCUUACGAUGUUUUAAAAGAUGAACAUAAAAAAGAAGUCUAUGAUCAAUAUGGACUUGACGGUCUUAAAGAAGGCAUGGGCGCUGAAGGUGCAACUAGUUUAUUUGAUUUAUUCAUGGGUGGAUCUAGUAGACAUCAUCAUAAACAACAUGGUAAACCAAAAGGUGAAUCAAAAGUGAUUCCAUUGAAAGUUAGUCUAGAAACUAUAUAUAAUGGUGAAACAAAAUCUAUAUCAUUUCAACGUCGUGUAUCAUGUAAACAAUGUAACGGAUCAGGUUGUAAAGAAGGUAAAAAACGAGUACAUUGUCGUACUUGUCAUGGUCAAGGUGUUUGUAUGGGAAUGACUCGUAUGGGCCCUUUAACAUUUCAACAACCAGUACAAUGUCGAGAAUGCGAUGGAGAGGGUGAAAUAAUUGCAAAUAAAGAUAAAUGUCAUGCAUGUCACGGCAAUAAAAUAAUCGAAGAAACUAAAAAUCUUGAUGUUGUUAUUUUACCAGGAUGUGCAAAUGGAAAAAAAAUAAAAUUUCGUGGAGAAAAUGAUCAAUUACCAAAUGUUGAAGCAGGUGAUGUUUUUAUUUUAAUUGAACAAGAAAAACAUUCAGUAUUUGAACGUAUUAAUGAAAAUGAUCUUUUAAUUAAAUUAAAAAUAAAUUUAAAUGAAUCAUUAACGGGUUUUAAACGAAGUAUUCAACAUCUUGAUGGACGACAUGUACUUAUUCAACAUCCAGCUGAUCAACCAAUUGCACCAAAUUCAAUGAAAAAAAUUGUAAAUCAAGGUAUGAAUAGUAUGGAAACUCAUCAUACAGGUGAUUUAAUCAUUCAAUUUGAUGUGGAAUUUCCAUCAAUGAAUUUUUUUAAUGAUACAAAUAUUCUUCAGAAAUUAGAAAGUUUAUUACCAUCUAAACCAGAAUUAGAUAUUCCAUCAGGAAUAAUUCUUGAUGAAUCAUCAUCAAUGAUUGAUCAUAAAAAAGAAUCGAAUACGAAUAAACAUCGUUCUUCACAUAAAAUUGGUGAUGAAAGUAAUGAAGAUGAUAAUAAUAAUGAUGAUGAUGACCAGUAUACUGAUGAUGAUGGUGAUGAUAAUGAUGACGACGAUGAAGAUGAAGAUGGACAACCACAAGUUCAUUCAUGUCAAACACAUUAA